AUGGCAUCUUCCCAAUAUUUCUUCAUCCUUGCAAUCAUAGCAAUUCUUGUCCCUUCACUUUUGGUCACAGAGUUUCUUGUAGGUGAUGACAAGGUUUGGACCCUUAACUUUGAUUACCAAGCUUGGGCUCAAGGAAAGGAGUUCUUAGUGACACUCUUGAAUAAACUUCUUGGUUCAGUUUUCAAGUAUAUAGCAGGAUCCCACACUGUUCUUGAAGUCAAUGAAACUGGCUUCCAACAAUGUGCGGCACUGUUGGGAAUUGAGGCCUUGGUUAGUGGAAAUGAUGUGAUUACCCUGGCAACCUUGGGAAGAAAUUGGUAUAUUUGUGGCGUUGCCAAUCAUUGUGAGAUUAACAAUCAAAAGCUUGCCAUAACAGUGUCUCCAGCACCUUCUCCCAUAUCAGUAUGUAGGGGAAGCAUUACACCUAUAUAUUAUUGGUGGAUGAUUGCUAUUUUUGGCAUCCUUGUGAUGGAAAUGGUUUAA